UUCCCUUUUGAACUCUCUGUCAAUUGUCUUCAUUACAUUCUCAGAUUUAAGCGUUAUUAUUUUCUUUAAUAUUAAUAUUAUUGAUAAUUUCAAUGGGGACUAUUUCGUCAGAGGAGGAAUUGGAUCAACUUAGGGAGAGGUUUGAGUUUGAUAGCUACACUUCAAGUGCUGACGUGAGUGAAUCGAAGAGUUCAAGUAGCUUCUCUUGUCACCAUUAUGAGCAUCAACGCGCUUCCACUUCUUCGCCUCCUUUUCUCGACCGCUUCUUUUCUCCGCCGUCGCUUCCUAUAAUGCUGCCAGUAGUUCCUGGCAAGCACGUCAUGAUGAAAAUGGAAGAGAAUUUAUCUGAUGUUGAAAUGAUGAAGGAGCGAUUUGCUAAGCUUCUGCUUGGCGAAGACAUGUCAGGCGGAGGAAAGGGCGUUUGUACAGCUCUCGCCAUCUCCAAUGCCAUUACCAAUUUGUCUGCUUCUGUCUUUGGGGAGCUACGGAAGUUAGAGCCACUAGCACCUCAAAAAAAGUCAAUGUGGCACCGUGAGAUGGAUUUGCUUUUAUGCGUGAGUGAUUCUAUAGUAGAGCUUGUUCCUUCAAUGCAAAAUCUCCCAGGUGGUGGGACCUUUGAGGUUAUGGUGCCCCGACCUCGCUUAGACCUUUUUAUGAACCUUCCAGCACUGAAGAAGCUGGAGACCAUGCUGCUUAGCAUUCUAGACGGGUUUUGCGAUGCUGAGUUUUACUAUGUUGAUCGUGGGGUCAUUGUUGCUGGUGGUAAUGAGACUGAAACAUUUUCUUUAUCUUCAUCUUCUGCAAGACCCUCUAUUAGUCGUGAAGAGAAGUGGUGGCUUCCAUUUCCUAAAGUACCUCAGAAUGGUUUGUCUGAAGAUGCAAGAAAAAGACUGCAACAGUGUAAGGAAUGCACAAAUCAGAUCCUCAAAGUUGCCAUGGCAAUUAAUGGCAGUGUGUUGACUGAGAUGGAGAUUCCAAGUGCAAUUAAUGGCAGUCUUGUUUGUCUGUCUGAGAACAUAUAUCGUCGCAUGACUACCUCUCGGUUCUCUCCAGAUUGUCUUCUGGAUUACUUAGACCUGUCAUCAGAAUACUCCAUACUGGAAAUCGCAAACAGGAUAGAAGCGGCUGCACACAUUUGGAGGAAAAGAUACCUAAAAGGUUAUAAGGCUCAAGCAAGGGCUCAGAGGAAGUCAACAUGGCGUGGAAGGGUCAAAGGAUUUGUUGGUGAAGUAGAAAGAAAUAAGCUUCUAGCAAGACGAGCUGAGACCCUCUUGCAUAGCCUAAGGUUGCGUUUCCCUGCUCUCCCACAGACAACUUUGGACAGUUACAAGAUCCAAUACAACAAGGACGUAGGGCAUGCUAUCAUCGAGAGCUAUUCUAGGGUGAUGGAAAGCUUAGCUUAUAAUAUAUUGGCAAGGAUUGAUGAUCUCCUAUACGUGGAUGAUGCCACCAAGCAACGUGCUGCAGCAGAGUCAACAUCUCUGUAUGACCAGGAAAGGCUUGGGGGCGGUGCUCUUUCAAAGCAAAGACAAAUAUCACCUAGCCCUUUUUCUUUUCAACACAGUUUUUCUGGCUCUUCAUGUCCGCUGUCAAAUUUAGACUCUUCUCAUGACAAAAUUAGAACCCCUAAUGGACAUGAUUUUACAAAGAAAAGCAAUCUAAGAAACUCACCGAUUCAGACUCUGCAGAAACUAACCUUCUGAUUUUGAUGGGGAAAAAAGAAAUCUCCUUUAGUCAACCUCGCUAGCUCAAGAUUCCAUCUAUGUUUCUAAUUCAAAAUAAAAGAGCUUAAUCUACUUUGUGCAAUUGACAAGUAGCAAAGUUGGUAGACUGGAGGAACAGUGUUGUAUAUCGUUCCUUCACUCUUGCAAGGAAUAAACACAUCUUCGUUCAUCUUAAUAUAGCUGUAACAAACACAUCUUCGUUCAUGUUUUUUUGUUUUUCUUUUUCUGGAGGGUGGUAAGGAUCUUCAGUAGAAUAACUUCUUUUGUUUGGUUAAUAGUAGUGUGACUUCUUGGAGGCC